AUGGCCUCUACUUACACAGUUAUUUUAUAUAAUAACAAGCUACACAUUUCCUUACAUCUUUUUAGACCGGGAAAGUUGCAUAAACAACAGUACACAACAAUUGCUCUUUCUUGCAGUUCGCACCGGCCGAAGUGGCGCAGGGUGUGCGACGACUGGGUCGACAGCAGACUGGAGAGCCGACAGGGCGUCACCACACCAGUCCACGUCCUGUACAACACUUACCUCAACGAGAACCCAAAGCACUACAUGGACAUAGCACAGUUCGGAAAGGUUCUGAAGUCCAGAUUCAAGAACCAGAAGUGCCGACGCGGAGGUCAAGGAGCUCAGAUUUACGUCUACAAAAAUGUCGCCAUCAAAUCCCUGGACGAUAACAAGGGCGACGUCAGUCCGUCCGGCCCUCGCCUAGCGACCAGCAAUGACGUCACUCCCCCACUCCCAUGUUCCGCCACCCUCAGUGAUGUCACUGCCUCCCACACACGCCCAGCAACCACCAGCGACGCCUUUCCCCCACUCUCAUGUUCCGCCACUGAUGUCACUCUAUCCCCCUCGUGGAGCGCCACCCCCACUGACGUCAGAGGCCCUUCUCCAACACAGCCCACCAAGAGGAAGGCUACGCCGGAGUCCUCCAUCAUUCCUAAAAAGCGAAAGUUCAUCUUCGAGAACAGCCUUCCUCAGGUCACACCUCCUGAUAGUCCUGCCGCUGAGUCCUUCGUCAGCAGGAGCGAGGGCAGCGCUUCUCCUGCUGCUCCGAGUGUGGCGUCUCAGCAGGAACCAGGCGAGAGGGCAGCCUGUGGCAGAGGCGUGUGCGAGCCACCUCGAUUCCUGGCAAAUGUGAGCAACUCUAAUGAUCGUCUGCUAAGUGAUGCCAAUAGUGAAAAGUUGUCUAGAAGUAAACACUGGUCGCCAGCACUUGUUGAAGAUAGUGGAGGGACCGCUGACUUAACUUUAGACCCUUUUUCGAAAAAUUUAGACUUAAAACGGAUAGCAAUCGAAAAAGAUAGUAUCGGAAUCAAAAAUUAUAACGAGUCAAACGUAAUAACUACUAAUAAAACAGACAAUAUUUUACCUCCAAUUACCAGUGAAAAUCAUAGUGACUCGAAAACACUGAGUUCUAUUGAAAACGUCUUAUCAGAAAUUGAAAGGGUUAACAGCAUCAUCAACGUCAACUCCAAUUCACUCUGCUCAUCGUCUCCUCAGAGCCAAUCUCCAAAGUACAACCUGAGGCCAGCCUCAAAAGUGGCAUCAGUGGCACCUGAAGAGACCAGCCUUUGGGAUGAGGAACAGCAUGUUGUGAGUGGACAAGAGAGUCCAGUGGAGGCCCAGGGGAUCAGCUGCAGGAUGGCAGUAGGACGCAAGUGGGUGGACGCUCAGCUGAGGGACGAGCCUGGGGCGAGGACCUUUGCGUGGGAGGUGGCAGCGGCCUAUGCCCGCGACCAUCCUGAUGAACCUCUUCCUGAUACCAGUAUUGCUGUGCUUAUCCGAAACAAAUUCCCGUCCAGAAGAAAAGCCUUCAAACAAGGUCCUGUUACUACGUAUUACUUCCAAGAUCUAGAACUUGUCAAUCGUAAAGGCCUGUGUGAAGUUCCAGCCGUGAAAGAGCACAGGGGGCCUCCAAGCAACGUGGAGGGGAGGGCCAGUCCAUCAGACUGCGCACGUGGAACAGAAGCCUCCACCCUGGUCAAGACAUCAGAGGAUGGUAAACCCAUUGCUGUGGUAAACCCUCCAGCCCAAAGUAUAUUUAUUAUGAAUGGAGUCCCAUGUGUGGCGCUCAGGGUCACCCCUAUCAGUGUGGUACCAUCGGAGCCUCAGGAAAGUACUACUCAACAGGGUUGUUUACAGAACAACAAGCGGAAGGGCAGCAUUUCAUAUGAGGUCCUCUCUUCAGCAAGUCUUCCCCAAAUCCCAAAAGGGCAAACGCAUCUUAGGUCACAGUCUCCCCAAGCACAGAAUGAUUCGAAAAACAGUCUUGGUCUCUUCCAACUUCCAAGUUGUGCAAAGGCUGAGGAGAGAGGAACCAUUAAGACUCCACUUCUACAAACAGAAGUCGUUGAUUCGCCUAAACAUAUAUUAAGUAACUUCCAAGAAAAAAUAGAAUCAUUUAGUGAAAAUAACAGCUCAUUCGAUCAAUCAAGCUCGCCAAAAUAUGAUGAUAAUUCAGAUAUGAGCGUUUCACAAUAUAUCGAUAGUGAAAUGAACAGUGAAGUGGAAGGCAGACUUGUAAAAGUUCUUCCAACACCAUUAUCUACAAACAUUCCUAUUCCUAUGGAAAAACUUAAGGAAGAGACAAAGGAUCAUAUACAAAUUAACGAGAAUGUAUCUUCACUAGAGAAAAUACCAGAAAAUCUUAGAUUAACUGAAACGGCGUCACCGAAAAAAGUGACUAAUAAUGCGGAAUUACCGAUCCAGAAAUCGAAGGCGUGGGAUGCAGACAUGAGGAAAUUCGCUGGUACUAAUAAUCAAGACCCCAAGAAAGUCAAACGAAAUAGAAAGCUAAGGAAGUCUUCGAAGCAUUGCGCGGAUUCUCAUAGCAAUACUAAACGUGGUGAAAUGCCUUCAGCAAAGGAAAGAGAUGUUGGCCAGAAUUGUACGGAAAGCAUGGCCGACCAAGAAACCGAAUCCAGAUUUGACGAAGGACGCAUGGAGAGUAUUAAGAGGACGAUCUUGGAGACGGCACUUAAUCUGUUCUCAGAGGAGGGAGCGUCGCUGCCCGAGGGAGAGCGAGCCCGGAGGCUGGAGGCGGCCCUGUACGAGCGAAACCCAGCCGUGCAGUACAAGGACGGCGUCCCGUGGCCCUCCUCACACAGCGAGGACGUUGAGGAGUUCCCGUGUCGAGCCUCCCAAGUGUUGGCAGAGGGGAGUGCGCUCGCCCAGGGGGACGCCACGCAGCUGCUGUACCACCACCAGUAUUGCCCAGGCCAAGGCUGCUCCUACAACGGCGACCUGUGCCUGAGCCUGAGGGCGGCUUACACGCACAUCAGCAUCUUCCGUCACCGAUGCCACGUGUGGCACUGCUUCAGCAGCGUGCUAGCACUCCAUGCCAUCGCUUGUAGCAGGGUGGACUGCCCCGUGCAGUUCUGCCUGUUCGCCAAGCACGAGCUCAGCAGCAGAGGAUUGCUGUCCUGGUCUGUAGUGGAGGCUGAGCGACAGCUGUUGAGGCAAGAGUUCGAGGAAUGCGAGCGGUCGGGACGGCACGAGGCUCGGCUGCACUGCCACCACCGGCAGCGGGUCCAGCUGCCUUUGCCGAAGCCUGUGGACAAGACUGGAUGAGGAGACGUCAAAUAG